UUCAGGCUGUAGUACUACUAAAUGGGCGAUUGGCGUAACUAUGAUUCAUCUCAGCAAGGGAACUCCAACCAGAGAUACCCCAAUCAAGGAUAUCCCCCACAGCAGGGAUAUCCUCCUCAACAACAAGGAUACCCAAACCAAGGAUACCCGCAACAGCAGGGAUAUCCUCCUCAACAACAAGGAUAUCCAAAUCAAGGAUAUCCCAAUCAAGGAUAUCCGCCACAGCAGGGAUAUCAACAACAAGGAUACCCAAAUCAAAACUACCCUCCGCAAAGUGGUACAAAUUACCAUCAAGGAUUCCCAAAUUGCCCCACCGAACAAUAUAAUUCAUCUCAAAUCGGAUUUGCUCAGAAUCCACAAUUUCCACACAAUCAACCACAAUUCACACAACCUCAGAAUUAUAUGGGAUUUGAGGCAAACCAGCCUCUCCAAACCUCCCAAUACCAACAACAGCCUCCAACCGCUCCCACUUUUCAACAACAGUGGGGAACUCCACCUCAGCAGAACAUCCAAGGUCGUUUAUUGUCAAUUAUUUCAGGUCAGGCAUCGAGACCGUCCAUCUUUCCCUGCAGAUCUUUCUCUGCGGAAUCAGACGCGAACAGUCUCCGGAAGGCCAUGAAGGGAUUGGGUAUUGUAUUAAUUGGAUGGAUAGGCACUACCGAGUCGGUGAUUAUCGAGAUCACGGGAAACAGAAACAAUGCUCAACGUCUCCUAAUUCGAGAGGCUUUCCGCAAAAUCCAUGGACGGGUAUUUAUGGUUUUGACACCUCAAAGGACUUGCUUAAAGAUCUUGAAGGAGAACUGUCUCGUAGUUUCAAACAUCUGGUGGUUAAUUGCUACAGAUCUCCGGUGGAAUUUGACGUGGAGAGCAUCAACUGGGCUAUAA